CGCGCCCGGAUCCCCGCGCCCGGAUCCCGGCGCCCGACCCCCGCGCCCGCCUCCGCCAACUUUCACGCUGCCUCGGCGGCCCGGCCCGGCUCGACGCCAAUGGUGGAGGCCAUAGUGGAGUUUGACUACCAGGCCCAGCACGACGAUGAGCUGACGAUCAGCGUGGGUGAGAUCAUCACCAACAUCAGGAAGGAGGAUGGAGGCUGGUGGGAGGGACAGAUCAACGGCAGGAGAGGUUUGUUCCCUGACAACUUUGUAAGAGAAAUAAAGAAAGAAAUGAAGAAAGACCCUCUCUCCAGCAAAGCUCCAGAAAAACCCAUGCACGAAGUGUCCAGCGGAAACGCUCUGCUAUCUUCUGAAACAAUUCUAAGAACCAAUAAGAGAGGCGAGCGACGGAGGCGCCGCUGCCAGGUGGCAUUCAGCUACCUGCCCCAGAAUGACGAUGAGCUUGAGCUGAAGGUCGGCGACAUCAUAGAGGUGGUAGGAGAGGUGGAAGAGGGAUGGUGGGAAGGCGUUCUCAAUGGAAAGACCGGAAUGUUUCCUUCCAAUUUCAUCAAGGAACUGUCGGGCGAGUCGGAUGACCUGGGCAUUUCUCAGGAUGAGCAGCUCUCCAAGUCAAGGCCUGAAGCUCUCCUCCCUCCAGCUUCUCUGCUGCCCUUUCCAGCUCAUGGAGCAAAAGGAAAGACUACCUUUGAAGGGACAAUUCUGUACCGAGCUGCGCCGGGAAAGACGGAGGGCCACAGACGCUAUUACAGUUUAAGGGAAACCACAGGCUCCGAGAGUGACGGGGGUGACUCAAGCAGUACCAAAUCCGAAGGUGCCAACGGGACAGUCGCAACUGCAGCAAUCCAGCCGAAGAAAGUUAAGGGAGUGGGCUUUGGAGAUAUAUUCAAAGACAAACCAAUAAAACUAAGACCAAGGUCGAUUGAAGUAGAGAAUGACUUUCUACCGGUGGAAAAGACUAUUGGAAAGAAGUUACCUCCAGCUGCUGCAACUCCGGACCCGACCAAACCAGAAAUGGACAGGACAAAGACCAAGGAUUACUGCAAAGUAAUAUUUCCAUAUGAGGCACAGAAUGAUGAUGAAUUGACAAUCAAAGAAGGAGAUAUAGUGACUCUCAUCAAUAAGGACUGCAUCGAUGUGGGCUGGUGGGAAGGAGAGCUCAACGGCAGACGAGGAGUGUUCCCUGAUAACUUCGUGAAGCUGCUUCCACCUGACUUUGAAAAGGAGGGCAAUGUAAGUCUUCCUGGCCUUGAGAGACCCAAGAAGCCGCCUCCUCCGUCCGCUCCUGUCAUCAAGCAAGGGGCAGGUACCACUGAGAGAAAACAUGAAAUUAAAAAGAUACCUCCUGAGAGACCAGAAACGCUUCCCAACAGAACAGAUGAGAAAGAAAGACCAGAGAGAGAGCCAAAACUGGAUUUACAGAAGCCCUCUGUUCCUGCCAUACCGCCCAAAAAGCCGCGGCCACCCAAGACCAAUUCUCUCAGCAGACCCGGUGCGCUGCCCCCCAGGAGGCCUGAACGACCAGUGGGUCCCCUGACCCACACCAGGGGUGACGGUCCAAAGAUUGACUUGGUGGGCAGUUCGAUUUCUGGCAUCCUGGACAAGGAUCUCUCGGAUCGCAGCAAUGACAUCGACUUAGAAGGUUUUGACUCUGUGGUAUCAUCUACCGAGAAACUCAGUCACCCAACCACAAGCAGACCAAAAGCCACGGGGAGGCGGCCUCCGUCCCAGUCUCUCACCUCCUCUUCCCUUUCAAGCCCUGAUAUCUUUGACUCCCCAAGUCCCGAAGAAGAUAAAGAGGAACACGUUUCGCUUGCACACAGAGGAGUGGAAGCAUCAAAGAAAACUUCAAAGACUGUUACCAUAUCCCAAGUGUCCGACAACAAAGCGUCCCUGCCGCCCAAGCCAGGGAGCAUGGCUGCAGGGGGCGGUGGUGGGCCAGCCCCUCUGUCCUCGGCGACAUCCGCCCCCCUGUCGUCCUCUUUGGGAACAGCCGGACACAGAGCCAACUCCCCGUCUCUGUUUGGCUCGGAAGGAAAACCAAAGAUGGAGCCCGCAGCCGGCAGUCAAGCGGCCGUGGAGGAGCUAAGGACGCAGGUCCGCGAGCUGAGGAGCAUUAUCGAGACCAUGAAGGACCAGCAGAAACGAGAGAUUAAGCAGUUACUGUCAGAGCUGGAUGAAGAGAAGAAAAUCCGUCUUCGGUUGCAGAUGGAAGUUAAUGACAUAAAGAAAACUCUUCAAUCAAAAUGAAUACUUGAUAAAUGAAAUAUCACAUUAUUCAUCCUGAGUCCAAGACUCAAAUGUUCCGCCCCAGCCAAAAUAACCUUGUGCCAAAAGAUUAAAGGUUUGCCUCCAUGUGUCCCUGUUUGAAAGGUUAGCACAGAAGUCUUGAUAGCACAACACAAAUCCCAUCUAAGAGGAGAUUCCUCCCCAUGGAAUAAUCCUGGGCAUGGCACUGGCUGUGACUUAGAGCAAAUUGUGCUAAAGGCUUUUUUACUAUGAGAUCUCAUGCGAAAUGAAAACUCAGGCAGUUUAGUCCAUAGUGGUACUAUUUUGAUGAUAUUUUCCAUUAAUAAAAUGUAAUUUCAGAUUA